AAGCUGGGCCAGUGGGCCAGCACUCGGAGGGACCUCUUCUCUGAGGACUUCUGCGAUGAGUUUUCUAAGCUGCAUGUCGAGGUGAGCCCACACCCGUGGGGCCACACUGAUGAGCUUCUAAGGAAGGCCUUUGGCGAGGACUGGAUGGGCAUCCUCAAGUUCCAAAGCCAGGAGCCGGUCGGCUCGGGCUGCGUGGCCCAGGUGUAUAAAGGCUAUGCCGACCUCACGGCUAUCGCGGGCUCCCAGGCCAAGGAGCCAGCGCAACACUCGGAGUUAAAGUCCGCUUUUGAAGCAUGGGAAGUGUCAGGCUUUAGAGGCCUCCUUAGGUGGCUGAGGAGGAGGAAGAGCAAGGAGAUAUGGGAUGAGAGGAGCAGGGAGGAGCUGAGCCCAGCAGACUGCCCCGGGGGAAGUCCUGUGAGUGGGAUGUCCCUUAUGGAGCAGAUGGCCAAACCACUCCUGAACGCAAGUCCUUCGUCAGCCAGACAUCUCACGCCCGUAGCCAUUAAAGUCCUGCACCCUGACCUGGUCCAACAAGUCCAGAUGGAUCUGUUCCUCAUGAAGAUCGGUAGCCACAUCAUUGGACUUCUCCCUGGAUUCAAGUGGCUCAGUUUGACAGAGAUCGUGGAGGAGUUUGAGAAGCUUAUGAUUCAGCAGAUUGACUUACGCUAUGAAGCCAGAAAUCUGGAGCGCUUCCGACAAAAUUUCAUAGAUGUUGAUUUUGUGAAGUUUCCAACUCCUCUUCGGCCUUUGGUAACGACAGAUGUUCUAGUGGAAACGUUUGAGGAGAGUGAGCCUAUUUCACACUACCUGCAUGCGGAGAUUGCCACAGAGCUGAGGCAGAGACUUGCAAAGAUGGGCAUGGACAUGCUGCUAAAGAUGGUCUUUGUUGACAACUUUGUCCAUGCUGACCUGCACCCUGGGAACAUCCUGGUUCAAGGCACAGCGCACGUCGGCACCAGCUGCAAGGAACAGACAGCCAUCGUGGACCUGUGUGACACGCUUGUGGUGGAAGUGCAACCACCCCUCAGGCGGCUCUGCCUGGUGCUGCUGGACGCGGGGAUCGUGGCGGAGCUCCAGAGCGCUGACAUGCAGAACUUUCGGGCGGUUUUCACGGCUGUGGUCCAGGGCCAGGUGAGGCCAUUAGUGGCAGAACUUAUCCUUCAUCACGCCCGUGCUAACCAGUGCCAAGAUAUCGAGCGAUUCAAAGCUGAGAUGGCGGAACUAGUGACCAAGGUCCGGGGGAACACCAUUGCCCUGGGAAAGCUUCAAGUGGCAGAUCUCCUCUCGAAUGUCUUUAAACUAUUGAUGACCCAUAAGGUGAAGCUCGAGAGCAAUUUUGCUUCCAUCAUCUUUGCCAUCAUGGUUCUGGAAGGUCUUGGUCGUUCACUGGACCCUGAACUGGACAUUCUAGAGGCAGCUAAACCACUGCUCAUCAAAACUGCAGCUUCUGUUCUUGAAUAG